GGUCACGCAACAUUAGCAACUGGUCUCGGAAGUAAAACGCAAAGGGGCGGAGAAGAAGGCGGAAAGGAGGGUCCUUGUCGUGGGUUGGCCGGCAGGGGGCGGGGCGGGGCUGGGAAUGGUAACGGCUCUGAAGGCGAGGGCGCCGGGCCGGAGGGAGGCGGAGGAACCGGUGCCCCCCGCCGCUGCCGCUGCAGCCGCCGCUCCCGCCUCCUUCCUGUGGUUCACCCGGGUCCCGCCGCGGCCAUGAUGAUCCACGGCUUCCAGAGCAGCCACCAGGACUUCUCCUUCGGGCCCUGGAAGCUGACGGCGGCUAAAACUCAUAUCAUGAAGUCAGCGGAUGUAGAGAAGUUAGCUGAUGAAUUGCAUAUGCCAUCUCUUCCUGAAAUGAUGUUUGGAGACAACGUUUUAAGAAUCCAACAUGGCUCUGGCUUUGGGAUUGAGUUCAAUGCUAGAGAUGCAUUAAGAUGUGUAAACAACUACCAAGGAAUGCUUAAAGUAGCCUGUGCUGAAGAGUGGCAGGAAAGCAGGACGGAGGGUGAACACUCCAAAGAGGUUAUUAAGCCAUAUGAUUGGACGUAUACAACAGAUUAUAAGGGAACGUUACUUGGAGAGUCACUAAAGUUAAAGGUUGUACCUACAACAGAUCAUAUAGAUACAGAGAAAUUGAAAACCAGAGAACAGAUUAAGUUUUUUGAAGAAGUUCUCCUGUUUGAAGAUGAACUUCACGAUCAUGGAGUUUCGAGCCUGAGUGUGAAAAUUAGAGUAAUGCCAUCUAGCUUUUUCCUGCUAUUGCGGUUUUUCUUGAGAAUUGAUGGGGUACUUAUCAGAAUGAAUGACACAAGACUGUAUCAUGAGGCCGACAAGACCUACAUGUUAAGAGAAUAUACAUCACGAGAGAGCAAAAUUGCUAAUUUGAUGCAUGUUUCACCUUCCCUCUUCACGGAACCUAACGAAAUUUCACAGUAUUUACCGAUAAAGGAAGCAGUUCGUGAGAAGUUACUAUUUCCUGAAAGAAUUGAUUCAAAUCCUGCAGACUCACAAGAAAAUACACCUGUGAAUAGAAAGUGAUACAACAUACACUCAUCAUGGAGUCUGACUGGAGACCACAGCUGUUUUGAGCGAGUAUUUUUAUUAAGAGAAUUGCCUUGUCAAUGUGCAGAUUUUCUGGCACCUUACAGGAAAAAGAAAUAAAAGAUUGUUGCAGGCAGGUUCCAUUCAACUGCUGUUCGUACUGUUUAUCUUCAAAUUUAUAUUCCAGAUUUAUAUUUCCUGGAGUUAAAUUAGGAUUUCUAAAUUGCCACAAAGUAGGACCUCACCAGUAGUGAUGUGCAUGUCUCCUGUGUGUGAGUCUAAUCCGCCUCUAUCAUGAGACCCUACCUCCUACCUGUGGGGAGAUUAACUGAAAUCAGUGACUGGCAGAACCUUGUGACCUUCCCGAGCCCUGCUCAUAUCUCUGCUGCUCUGCCCUUUCACUGGAGCUCCUGAAGGUUUAUUCGCACUCCUGGAGAAUCAUCACUUGCCUCCCAGGAAUCCAUCUCAUACAUUGAUGAUUUUCCCCUACAAAUAAAAUAAAUUAUUUUACCCUAAAAUUUUAACUGGUUUUUGUGGUUCAAAAAAUUUCAGACACAGAACCAUAAAACUUAGUUUUUUGUGAGAACUUACGCUGUUAUGCCCGAGGAAACACAUGGGCAUGGUUUGCCCUGACAGGUAGGACAUCGGAUGGCUUUCGUCCAUCGUCAGGUGCUUUUUCUUAGGUGUAGCCCAACUUGUACUAACAUUUUCACCUCCAUCUUCUGUGCAAGCUGCGAGUGAAUAAAUUCACUUAAUAUUGAAUUUGGAGUUGGUUCUAAAAAGUUACUUAAGUGUAAUAUAGAUUGUUUCUAGAAAAUGUUACAUCAUGGGCCUUCCCUGAUGGUGCAGCGGGUUAAAAGCACAACACUGAGAAGCUAAAGUCACUUCCACAUGAGUUUGA